GCGGGGCGCCCGCGGGCGGCCGAGGUGGACCGAGCCUCCGGCUCGCUGCUCCCUCCGGCGCAGCGAGGCUGCCCUUUUACGCGGCAGCGCGAUUUAUUUUCUUCUCUUUUAAACUCUUCUUCCAGGGAGAGGCUAGUGGUAACAGGCCGAGCUGGAUGGAUGGGUAUGGGGAGAGGGGCAGGACGUUCAGCCCUGGGAUUCUGGCCGACCCUCGCCUUCCUUCUCUGCAGCUUCCCGGCAGCCAUCUCUCCGUGCAAGAUCUUGAAGUGCAACUCAGAGUUCUGGAGCGCCACGUCGGGCAGCCACGCCCCGGCCGCGGACGACGCGCCUGAGUUUUGUGCUGCACUGCGCACUUACGCGCUGUGCACACGGCGCACGGCACGCACCUGCCGGGGCGACCUAGCCUACCACUCCGCAGUCCAUGGCAUCGAAGACCUCAUGAGCCAGCACAACUGCUCCAAGGAUGGCCCCACCUCGCAACCGCGCCUGCGCACCCUCCCUCCGGCCGGGGACAGCCAGGAGCGCUCGGACAGCCCCGAGAUCUGCCACUACGAGAAGAGUUUCCACAAGCACACAGCUGCCCCCAACUACACGCACUGUGGGCUCUUCGGGGACCCGCACCUCAGGACUUUUACAGACCGCUUCCAGACUUGCAAGGUGCAGGGCGCUUGGCCGCUCAUUGACAAUGACUACCUGAACGUGCAAGUCACCAACACACCCGUGCUGCCCGGCUCCGCCGCCACCGCCACCAGCAAGCUCACCAUUAUCUUCAAGAACUUCCAGGAGUGUGUGGACCAGAAGGUGUACCAGGCCGAGACAGAUGAGCUUCCGGCCGCCUUCGCCGAUGGCUCCAAGAAUGGCGGGGACAAGCAUGGGGCCAACAGCCUGAAGAUCACAGAGAAGGUGUCGGGGCAGCACGUGGAGAUUCAAGCCAAGUACAUCGGCACCACCAUCGUGGUGCGCCAGGUGGGCCGCUACCUGACCUUCGCCGUCCGCAUGCCCGAGGAAGUGGUCAAUGCCGUGGAGGACAGGGACAGCCAGGGCCUCUACCUGUGCCUGCGGGGCUGCCCACUCAACCAGCAGAUCGACUUCCAGGCCGUCCGGUCCCAGGUAGAGGGCCCCGGUGCCCAUGGGCCAGCAGCCACCAGCCAAGCUCCCGAGGCCCCUGAGACAUUCCCCUAUGAGACAGCAGUGGCCAAGUGCAAGGAGAAGCUGCCCGUGGAGGACCUGUACUACCAGGCCUGCGUCUUCGACCUCCUCACCACAGGCGAUGUGAACUUUACACUGGCUGCCUACUACGCCCUGGAGGAUGUCAAGAUGCUGCACUCCAACCAGGACAAGCUGCAUCUGUACGAGAGGACUCGGGAGCUCCCGCGCGGGGUGGCGGCUGCAGCGUGGUCCCCUGGCCCCCGGCCAAUCCUCAGCCUCCUCCUGCUCCUCACCCUGCUGCCUGUGUUCUGCUAGGUAGUGCCACGGCCUCAGACAGGGAGACAAGGACUCUGCCCCUGCCCUCCUCUGAGUGCUGGGGACACCAACCUGGGGCCGAUGCCCAGUGU